CCCUCCCUUUUUGCUUCACUCCAUCAUAGCACAAUUGCACUCUUUUGUCACACACUUCCGCUUGAUAAUCAUACAAACUGUACCUGGAGAGAGAGAGAGAGAGAGAGAGAGAGAGAGAGAGAGAGAGAGAGAGAGAGAUGAAGCUAGCUUUUGCAACAUUCCUUGUGGUGUCACUUUUUCUCAGCUCUUUCCUCCUCGAGACCGCAAAUGCUGGUUCAAGUCUUUGUGACUCCAAGUGUGGGGAUAGGUGCGCAAAAGCUGGGGUGAAAGACAGGUGCCUGAAAUACUGUGGGAUAUGCUGCGAGGAGUGCAAGUGUGUGCCCUCCGGGACUUAUGGCAACAAGCAGGAGUGCCCUUGCUAUAGGGACAAGAAGAACUCCAAGGGCAAACCAAAGUGCCCUUAAAAAUCAUCAGUGCCUAUUUUGAAUCAUGACCUAAUGGUCCUAAUCCAUAUCACAUCAUUUCAUCUAUAUAUUAUAGCCGUUGCAAGGUUAUCUUAAUAGAGGGAGACUAGGUUAUGUGUGGGGGAAUAAUUAAAUUAGGAUACUUUGCCCCAGUGCUGGUUGCCUGGUUAUGAUGUACAUUUUUUUUUUUAAUCCAGUUUGUUGAUGGUUUUGGAAAAUAGUACAGUUGUAGAAUUUUGUUUCGGAAA